CAGAUUUGUUUUUGUAAAAGAUUUAGCAAUCUUUGCCGGUUGUAUUGAUAUUAAAUUGAGAAUAUCUUUAAUAAGUUUUAAACUGAAAAGAUAAAUAUUAGUGAAAAUGAUAAAAAUAGCGGCAUUGAAUACAGACACGGAAGAAGAUAGCGAUUCAGAAGAGGAGGUUUCAAGAGAAGCUUUGGAGCAGAUAGCAUUGCAGCAAUAUGCUAAGGCAUUAGAAUUACAGAGGAAUGGUAACCUGCCCGAUGCCACGCAGCUCAUCAAAGAUUUAUUGGACACUGAGCUUUUAUACGAAGUCAAGAAACCGGCGCCUGGUGAAAAGAUAACAGGACCAUUGUACAAUUUAAAAUAUGUCUGUUACAAAAAUCUUGCUGGUAUGCUCAGUACUGCAGGUGAAUUAGAAGCAUCAAUGGAGGCUUACACCUCGGCGUCUGAGCUCGACGAUACUGAUGUAACACUCUGGCAUAAGCUCGGCUUAGUGUGUUUGCGUGCGAAACAUUAUGAGCGCGCAUUGCAUGCUUUCGAACGGGGAGUUGAAAUAAAUCCACGACAUUGGCCCUGUAUAGAUAAAAUAGUUACACUUCUCCUUGGUUUAGAUUUUAAAGAACAAUGUGUUGCUGUUAUCUAUGAUGCUCUAGAUCUUGAUCCUGGUUAUAUGAGGGGCAUAGUCUAUCGUCGGCAUAUUUAUACUGUAUAUCGUCAUAUGAAAGAUUACAUGGAAUAUUUACAUCCCAUAUAUAAAUGGGAUGCAAAGGAUGAUGAGCCUAUUGAUGAAGAUAUUGCUCAAAAACUGUUAAAAGAAGCUGAUGAAAUACAUGAAACUUUUAUAGAGCAACAAAGAGAAACAAAAUUUACAUAUAAAAUGCCCAAUCUCACAUUGCAAAAGCCUAUAACAAACUUAACAUGGGAAUCAGUUGGGGAAUCCUUAGUUCACAUGCACCGCUACAUAACAGAAAAUGAGAUGAGUCAUGCAGCUUUUAUUCAAUUGGUGUAUGAAAAAGAAGUGAAAGAGGAAAAGAUGGAAGUAUGUGAAGAAGCACAGGAGAGUGAUAGCACCAAAAUACCAGAUAGUAAGCAAGAUGAAAAUGCCACAGACACAGAUAAAAAUACAGACAUUGUUACAUCUGAAAACGAAAACAAUGAUAUGUCCGACAAAGAAAAACCAGUCACUGACAAUGAAAAAGUGGAGAGUGACAUUGAAAUAAUAAAUGUCGAACAAUCCACUGAGAAUACAGCUGAACAGAAAGCGCAGAAAAAGACACCUGUUAGGAGACGAGGUAGUGCACUUAGCUUUCUAGAACAAUGGGUGUGGUGCAACAAACGCAGAUCUGGUCGUAAAAAAACAAAACAAGAUACAAUUUAUGAUAUACUGCGCAGAAUGGUUCCUGAAUCUCUAGUACCAGAAUUGAUUAAGAAAAAAGAUAAUGAGACUAGGGAAACAUCCCCCACUGACCUAAAACAGUUGUUUGAAGAAAAAGAUAAAGAUAAAUCUUUUGAAAAUGACGAAUAUUUUAAUACUGAAGCUGAACAGAAAGAUGUAAAUACAUUUAUAAAUAAGUACAUGGAUGAAAGAAGAGAUAUCAUUGACAUGUUAAAAGAUUACUUAAAGAUCCUCUCUCAGAAAUGGAAAUUACUAUGUCUGCUCCAUUAUACUACUGUUAAUUUAUUAGUUGAAGAAUUUUGUAUAAAUAAAAAAUUAAACACUAAAUCGGAAGAAGCAAUAUCACAUUGUUUAAGUGUUAUAAACUACAUUGAAAUUAUACUCACUUUCAAACCUCAAAUAUUUGAAAGUGUUGAUUGUCUAGAAGUAGUACUACGUCAGUUGUGGAUAAAAUUACACAUCUACAUUCUAAAUAAAGAGGAUGAUUUUGCAUUAGACUGUUUGUACCAGUUAUUUGAUCAAUUUGAAGCUAUGGGAGAACACAAAUGUUCCUACCGUUUGGAAAUUGUAAACUUCAGUUUUAAACCAAUCAUUAAUGAGAAUGAAGUGGUAGAGUAUAUUAAAUUCUUAGAACGGAACAAAAAAUUGUCAACUGUUCAUGACUUGUACAGUCGGAAAUGCUAUGAUGAAGUGCUGGCAAUAAUCAUUGAUUCAUUUGAGCACUGUAAGGUAAUUGCUAAAGAACAGGAGGAAGAAAUGUCUUUAGACUUUGCAGUCCAAUUAACCCUCAUCUUGGAAACCUACUGGGCUCUGAACAAAGUGGAUGAUUGUUUCCGUUGGUCAUUUAUAUGUUUACAUGAAGCCUUGAAACAUUAUUUUCGGUAUACAUCAGGUACAACAGAUUAUGAAAAAUGGACUCUCACUAUUGUUAAAAUUCUUACUUGUAUGGAACAUAUACUUGAAACAGAAGGCUAUUAUUGUUUAUCUGCUGUAUCUCAAAAGGAGUUGAGCCAAGGACUUGAAGAUCUAAUAAGAAUUAUAGGUCAUCAAAUGGAAACAAAUACAUCUGAAAUGCCAUUUGAUACAACUUCUCCUUGGAUUAUAAUGCACUAUAUUUUACAAAGAGAAGAAGACCAAGGUCGAGGAAGAAUAACUACUGACAAAGAAAAAGAUCUGGAAGAGGAUAUUUCCGAUCCUUUGAUGUUAUUAUUCAUUGCUCACGAACAGUUGGGAAGUAGAGGCUGGUGCAUUCAAUCUGAUGGUAAACUCUUACAUUUUAUUUUGGACACAAUUGUCCCACUUCUGCGUACACCCGCUAUAUCUAAAUGCUUAGAACAAGUCAGACAAUACUUAGAGCAGUGUGUUUAUUGUCUCUAUGGGCACCCUGAACGGAAGCAAAAAUUAAAAUAUAUAGCGGAUCACAAUGCUACUGCACAAACAUUAAAUUGGGCUAAAGCACAACAAAUAUAUGAAAUUUAUAGACCAUUACAAUUACCUGCUUUAGAAGGAAAAUUGUCAGGUAUAUCUGCUGAUACAGAAUUGUUGUUCCAUCGCAUUUUAGGUCUAUUGCCUCCAGAAUGUGAUCCACAGAAAUAUAUACCACAGUUAGAGAAAUAUGUGAAAGGUAUUGAGAGCAAACUACCAGUGUUUCCUCCACUUUUACCUUUUAAAAUGAAAGAUAUUUAUUUUCUACUUGGUGAUUACUAUUUCAAAAAAGAAGAACGCGAUAUGUCCAUUAAAUAUAACAUGUUGGAUAUAAUAAUUAAUAGAGAUAGAUUUAUAUCGUGGGCACAAAUUUCGUUGGCAAAAGCUUUAAAUUUAGUAAGAAUUUUAAAUUCUUGUCAGAACCUAAAUAACGAAAGGGAAUUCCUAACGCCUGCUAAAUCAACUUUACGAUGUUAUCAAAGAUCAUUGGAAAUUGAGCCGGAUAGUAAUAUAUUAAUUGAAUAUGGUAACUUUGCUUAUGCGGUGCAUUCAUUUUGCUCGCGACUUUUAAAACAAGCGAGUGAAUUGUUAAGUAUGGAAGAUUUUGAAGCACUUGAGAAGCAAAAAGAAGAUUUACUAGAUACUACUCAAAAAUGCUUUACAACUGUUCUUUACGACAAUACUAUUGAAAAGGCUAAUGACGAAUACUGGUUAUUUUAUUACAUGUUAGGUAAAGUAGCAGAAAAACGAAAUAAGCCCCCGUCAGUUUAUUUGGAUUAUUAUAUGAAAGGUGUUAAAAGUUUACAAGAAACUGGUGCUAUAUAUCCUUCAAAAAUAAACUACAGUUCAUCAACAAAUUUCUGUUUAGAAGUACUAGAAUUGCAUUAUAGAAUACACGCCUCUAUUCUUAAAUACAUUGAGCAACACGAAAACAAACCUAUACCAGCAGCUGUUGGAAAAGUGUUCUUAAAUUGUAUUGAGCAAUGGCAACAAGGUCCUUUUACAAGAAGAUCGAAAAAAGAAAAUGCUGAAGGAGAGAAUGAAAAGUCCGAGGAACCCUCAAUACAAGCGGCGAAUAUCUUAAAACGUUCAAUUAGCGACGCAGGAGAAGAAGACAAUCAAGAAGGAAAAAGACUCAAAUUAGAAGUUGCUGCUGCCAAGGUACGUCGAUCAGCCUCAUGUGAUACGGAGCGCAUUAAAGAGGCGUCGCAAGUGCAUUUUCAAAAUACACCUGUUCCCGAUAAAGAUCCAGUCCCACAAAAUACUGACCAAGCGCCGACAAUCGAAGUGAACGUAAAAGAUACAGAAAAACAAGAAACUGUAGAAGUCGAUGUAGUAAAACCUAACAUUGAAAAGCAAAUUGAAGUUACAACUGACAAAAAAGAGGAAAGUUCCAGUUCGUCUUCAUCAUCAUCGUCAGAUUCUAGCAGUAGUGAUACUUCUUCUGAUAGCAGUACUGACUCUGGUAAAGAUAGUGACACUUCAAGUAAGUCUUCGCAAGAAUCAAAACCGCUUACCGAUGAAGAAAUUAUGAAAAUAGUUUUGGGAUGUCAUGAUGCUUUGGAGGAUUGUGCAAGUCGCUUCUCGCCACAUUAUAAAGCUAUUUACAGACUUGGACACUAUCACUUCUAUUAUAAGAAGGGUAAAAAUAUCGAGAGAUGUCGUGAUCUAAUGCUCUCUACAUUUACGUGUCGAUCUGGUAAAAAGCUAAGUGGCUUAUUCAGUGAGAGGAGAAACAAUAAUUUUUUUAACAACAUUUGGAAAAUACAAUUAGAUGAAGUAGAUAGGGCUGGAAGCUUCGCUUUUCAUAUGAAUCGUUCUGUUUUACUGACAAUGGAAAUACUGAAAGAAAUAGAUGAUCACAAAACUUUACUAGACUUAAGUAUUAAUUUACAAAAAAUACCUGAACCAGAUAAAAAGUACUUACGAGAUUCAGAUCGAGAAGAUCUCGCCCAGCAAGCUAUUUCAUUAUGUGUACAGUCAUUAAGAGGACAAGUGGUUAAAUUUAGCCAACAACCUGAUUUGAAAAGUAAUGAUGUGGAACGCGAAGCUCUUAAAAGUUUGAUGUUGGACAUUUAUCGUGCCUAUCAACGUGUCAUAAAACUACCAAAUUCAACAAACAAUUCCACUUCUACUAAACAAUUUUCAAACCUCUUGAUCGAUGCAUAUAAAUUAUUACGAACUACACCAGUUACCGAAAAUAUGAAUUUACUAGAUUUAGCUCUGAAAUACGGCCAUUCAUUAAAACAGCAAGCAACUGUUGCGAGUUUGGAGAAAAGUCAGAGCUUCCAGAAGAAACAGGGUAUUAAAUCCGCUGAAAACACAAAGAGUGCAACUAUUUCAACUCCACAGAUUAGAACGGAAACAAAAUCUCAGCCAACUACUGCUUCAACACCUACUACUGCAUUACCGAAAAUGUCGCAGCAUGAUAUCACUGCGGCGUUCCAAAAUUAUGUACCUUUUAUAAGUGAUUACCUAAGUGCUCUACAAAAUAUUUCUUCACUACAACCUCCUUUACCGAUACAAAAUUCGUUUCAAGCUGAAUUUUACAGACAAUUUCUGGGUCAGAGUCUCUCAUCAUAUAACUUGCAACUACCAAAGAAGCAAAAAAGGGGGCCCAAGCCGGGAUCGACAAGAUCGACAGUAUCAUCGCAAUUGAAACAUAAAUCGUUCACUGGGACAAUACCAACAACUAAAGCAACACCCACACCAGUUAUUACUAGUUUACAAAAGUCAGCCUCAGCUUCGCUAGCACCAAGUAUGGGAACUGUGCUACCAACCCUGCCUGCUUCGAUGACCGUAAAUUUACCAGCUUUUACUGGUCAUUCUUCUCUACUUACAUCUCAUGUUACCACGAGCAGCGUUCCUCAAGCACAUAUGUCUACUACUUCCGCAGUGAAUACAGCUAUUCAUACAAAACCCCCAUUGCCACACCAACAAGUUAGCCCUGGUAAAACGUUGCAAGAAAAAUUGGCUGAACGGCAGAAGAUCAAUCCUUCUGUCUCAAAAAAUUUAGCAGCUGAUGUGAGUGCCUCGAUCAGCCGAUUACCGUCGUCGCUAACGAUAACUAAGACAUCUAAGCAAGCUUUACCCAAUAAAAAACCAGAAGCGAAGAAAACGCUUACAUUUAGUGAACCUGAAAGACCUAAACCCAUUGCUUCAGAUGAAAUUAUAAUUUUAGAUGAUGAUUAAUUUAUGAUAUACAUCUAUAACCA